UAGCAAAAUACUUGAUUAGCCAAAUUGCAUAAACAUGGUUUCUCUGAGAGUCUUUGGAGUACUUUUGAGACAACACACGCACAAAUCUCUCCCCGGCUUUGGUUGUAUGCGUUACUACAGCUGUGAAACGAAACAGGUACCGAAAAUGAGAUUUGUACAAUUCUUACGUAAAAAUGAUGAACGCCAACGUUUGGGUGUCGUAUCGGAAGAUGGCACCUCUUUGGUGGAAUUAUCCAGUGGAUCGUGCGUCUCAAAUGACAUGGUCUCAUUUAUUAAACAAAAUUAUUCCAUUUCGGAAUUGGAAGAGAAAUUGAAAAAUUUCAAAAGUGAAGAAAUGAAUGAUUCGAUUACGUUGCUGCCACCUGUUACCAAUCCCGAGAAGAUUCUUUGCAUUGGCUUGAACUAUCAGGAUCAUUGUGAGGAACAAAAUAAGGAACCACCAAAGCAGCCAAUGUUCUUUAGUAAAUUCAAUAAUACUCUGGUUGGACCAAGGGGUAAUGUUAUUGCUCAUAAAAUUACAAAUAAAAUCGAUUGGGAAGUUGAAUUGGCUGUCAUCAUUGGCAAGAAAUGCAAAGAUGUUAGCCGCGAACAGGCUAUGGACUAUAUCUUUGGCUAUAGUGUUGCUCAAGAUAUUUCAGCACGUGACUGGCAAAAGGAACGUAAUGGUGGACAAUUUUUAAUUGGCAAAUCUAUGGAUACCUUCUUACCGAUUGGUCCAUCGAUUGUACACAAAAGUCUCAUUAAAGAUCCACAUGACUUGGAAAUGGUGUGCAAAAUUAAUGGUGUUGAAAAACAACACAGUAACACCAACAAUAUGAUUUACAAAAUUGAUGAUAUGAUUAGCCGUUUGUCUCAAUCAAUGACAUUGCAACCUGGUGAUAUUCUAUUGACUGGUACACCCAAAGGUGUUGGCAUGUAUCGUAACCCUCCCGAAUACCUUAAACCUGGUGAUGUUAUUGAAAGUGAAAUCCAAUGUUUGGGUAAAUUGGUGAACAAAGUUGUUGCCCCCUAAAU